AUGACCCCCGAAGAGACCGCAAUUUGCGAAGCCGUUAAGCACCAUGUGCACAUCAAGACACCACUUGAGCACUACGGCGACAUCUACAAGGCCGUAGCCGAAACUCUCGCCACGGAGCACAGCAUUACCAUCUCCUACAACACCCUCCAGUGCCGUUACGAGAAGUACUUCGUUGAGUGUGGAGGCGUCGACUCACGCAAGUACUGCCAGAAGGCAAUGAAGAAGUACUACGACGACAACCCCCUCCUGAAGAAGCCCACGUACCCUGAUCCUACGGAUGCGGUGGCGAAGAUGCAUGAGCCGAUGAAGAAGACAGUGCCACGUGAGACGGACGAGUUCGCUGAGGAUAUGGGAGCGAGCUUGCAGGCGGCAAGAGAUGAUCAGACCUUGAGCUUUAGUGACACAUUGACUUUCAGGCCAGCGACCGGGAAGCAAGGGCAGCAAGGGCAGCAGCAGCAAGGUGGAAAGUAA